AGUGAGUGAUUGAGGGGGACGUGGAGAGCUGUGAAGGAUUCCACCCCCCCUGCCAACCAGCCCCUGGUGUAAAGCUGAGCCUGGGGCCGGUGUGAGAGAGCAGCCAGAACCGGACCAUCCCGGGCAGGGGAGAGGAUCCUGCUGGGAAUUUCUCCGCCAUUUCCGUCCUCUCCAUCCCCCAAAGUGUCUAAAAUAGCCGUCUCGGACAGGAAUGUGAUCCCUUCUCCCCCUGUCGGCGUCCACUGGGCGCCUCUCGCCAUUUCAGUUUGACAUAAAGCGAAGCGGCCGCUGUGUUACGGUUUCCUAGAAAGUAUCAGCAGUUUCCCGUCACUGAAAUCAUCUUUCACUUUCAUUCUCACUCUUUCUUUCCUCGGACGGUUGCAAACAGCAGGCAGUCCCUCGCUGGCCACCAGAUUAUAACCUCUUCAUCACUGACUGUAUUACGAAGGUUGAUCAAGAUGACGUCUGGCAGCUAUAUGCAGAAACCCAUGUGUCUGGUUGAAAAUAACCAGCAUGGGAAGCUGGUGCUCAAUGAGGAAGCUUUCCAGCUGCUCUACGACAUUGACGAGACAGUGGUCAUCGUGUCUAUCGUGGGAUUCUAUAGGACUGGCAAGUCCUACCUCAUGAACCGACUCGCAGGAAAGAAUCAUGGUUUCUCUCUCGGAUCGACUGUCCAAUCUCACACCAAGGGCAUUUGGAUGUGGUGCUUGCCUCACCCUGAGAAACGGAACCACUGCUUGGUGCUGCUGGAUACAGAAGGCCUGGGAGAUGUGGAGAAGGGUGAUCACGCUAACGACUGCUGGAUCUUCUCUCUGGCUGUGCUCCUGAGCAGCACGUUUGUGUACAACAGCGUGGGGACCAUUGACCAGUACGCGCUGGAAAAACUCAAUUUUGUUUCCACCCUGACGGAGCUGAUCAAGGUGAAGGCGAAUGAAGAAGAUGACGAUGAAGAUAAAGAGUUGGAUUUACUGAAGGUCUCACCUGCCUUUGUGUGGGUAGUGCGGGAUUUCACCCUGGAACUGAAGAUCGAUGGCCAGAGUAUCACAGCCGAUGAAUAUUUAAACCACGGCCUACAGCUCAAAAAAGGAGUUUCAAAGAAAGUGAUGAAAUACAACCAGCCCCGGGAGUGUAUCAGGAACUACUUCAGGUCCCGCAAAUGUUUUGUUUUUGUUCAGCCGACUGCCAGCACCAAUCUAAACCAGGUGGAGACUCUCCCGGAAAGUCAGCUGGACCCAAAGUUCCUUGAGGUUUGCCAUGAGUUCUGCAAGUACAUCCACCAUGAAUCUCAGCCGAAAACGAUCAGAGGUGGCCAUAAAAUCAAUGGUCGAAUGUUGGCCAGCUUAACCAAAUCCUAUGUGGAAACUAUUGCCGGUGGGAUGGUACCUUGCAUUGAGGAUGCUGUAACCAGUAUGGCUAAGAUUGAAAACACAGCCGCCCUCCAGAAUGGCCUUGCUCACUACCAGCAGCAGGUGGAUCUGAUGGUGAAGAUGCCAACAGAAACUGAGGUGUUGGCGGGUAUACACUCUCGGUGUCGGGAAGAGGCCAUCCAGCUGUUCUUGAAAAACUCCUUCAAUGACCAUGAUCAGGAAUAUUACAAGCAGCUGCUGGCUAAAGUGGAGCAGCAUUAUUUUGAGGUUUGUGACACGAAUGAAGCUGUUUCCAGGGAGGUGUGCACAAACCUGCUGAAGAGCCUGUCCUCUGAGAUCGAACAGAAAAUACGAGAGGGAGUUUACGCUUGUCCUGGAGGAUACCAACAAUACCAAGAAGAUUGUGAGAAGUUAAUUCAGAAAUUCCAUGCCACUCCUGGAAAGGGGAAUAAGGCUGAAGAUGCCUUGAGCUUAUUCAUGAAAAACAAAACUUCAGAAGCUGAUUCUGUACUACAGGCCGACAAGAUUCUCACAGACCAGGCAAGAGAGUUGGCAGCUGAGCAGCAGAGAGCAGCUGCAGUGGCACAGGAGGCUAAGGCUCUUGAAGAAACCAUCAAGAACCUCGAGAAAAUCAGGAAUGACGAGAAGGCGUUUUAUGAUGAAAGUACCAAAUGCCUGAAACAGAAGAUGGAGGAAGAGAAAGAGAACUUGCAGAGAGAGCAGCAGGCAGCACUGGAAAGCAAAGUGAAAGAGAAAACGGAAUUAAUGAAGAAACAGUUUGAGGAAAAAGCUGUGAUGUUAGAGGGGCAGAUUGAGACCCUGAAGAAGCAACAAGAAUCCACUCAAUCCUACGUUAAUUGGGAAAACAUUGCUUCAGUAGCUAAAAGCAUAUUAGAAACUGCACUUAAUGCUUAUACAUCACAUAAAACCAUGAAGUUGUUGACCAAGAAAUAAUCCUCCAAUACAUUACCCCACAGUGUUAGAACAGGUGCUGUUUGUCCACAUGACUUAUUAGGAUGUUUUAGCUUUCAUUGCAUAACUGAUUGCAUGCCCUUUAAUAUAACCUGCACGAUCUUAAUUCUGCUGCCAUAAUAAAGAAGCAAAUUGAA